AUGCCAUUCUACGUUCGUUUCACUGCUCCAGGUGGUACCAAGUUGGCAACAUCAGUCGUCAAUUUUGGUUUGGGCAAUCGAUGUGGUACAAUAGCUGCCGGUUGGACCAAUGCAACCUAUCCAGCAAUUGUUGGUCAAACUGUUUAUACCAUUGUUUGCUUCGCAUACAAAGGCAAACCUUGUUAUGGUUAUAUCUAUUGGAUUCCAAUUACAAAUUGCGGUGCAUUCUAUGUACAUGGCUUAUACUAUCCAAGUUAUUGCAAUUAUCGUUACUGUACUCAGUAACUGAGUGAAGAGCACGAAAAAUGAACUCUACAAAGUGAUGAAUCACACAAAUUUUAAUCUAACCGUUUUUCUCUUCCUCAUUUUUUUUUCUUUCAUUUUUUUCAAACUUUUUUAAUCAAGAUUCUAUUCAUACUCUUGAGUUUUAUUAUUCAAAUUUCAUACUAAUAAACUUAUAUUUUGGGUGUGGGGUGUGGGUGUGGCUGUUGCUGUGGCUGGGAUGUGUGGGUGUAGGUGUGAGUGUGGGUGUGGGCUUAGAUAUGGAUGAUUGUCCUCCUCACUCUAACCUUCCACACGCACACCCACACCUACACCCACACCCACACCCACACUCACACCCACACACCCACACCCACACCCACACCCACACCCACACCCACACCCACACCCACACCCACACCCACACCCAC